GCCUCCUCGAUCAGUCGACCCCGUGCAACGCGGCACGCCGGCCGCUGCGCGAACACGCGUCUCUGCUCCUGUACGUCCCUCAUUAUUAUACUUCGAAUCGUUUGAAAAUUCUGAUAUUUCGAUAAACGACUUAUCGUAUCGCUAUCAAGCUCGAUAUCGACGAAGAAAAGAGGAAGAGGAAGAAAGAAAGAAAGGCGAGAAAAAGGAAAAGAAGGAAAGAAAAAAGAAAAGAGAAAAUAUAUAGGAGGAUGCAUGUGACGUAAGAUAGAAAAAGGAAGAAAAAAAUAAGACAACGCCAAUAAAUUUGAUUUUCGCGGGCUCCUCGGAGUAUUUUCCCUCGGUGGAUCGAGUAUUCAAAAAAAAAAGAGUGAGAAAGGAAAGAAAAAUAAAGAGAGAGGGUGGGGGAGAGAGAGAGAGAGAGAGAGACAAGAAAAAAAAAGGGAGGGAAGAGAGACGGACCGAGAGCGCGUGCGUGUGUAUCGGGUGUGCGCGUGUGUAGGGUCGAAGGUUAGCGCGAGGGUAGCUAAGAAGGAUCGUGCGUAAGAGAGUAGGUAGUGCUCGGUCGUCCCAACCGAACUGCUAUCGGGAGUAAAAAAGUCUCUCGGGAAUACGACGUAGCUGCGCUUCGAAGAGAGAGAGAGAGAGAGAGAGAGGAUACGGUGGGAGAAGUAGAUAGAUAGAUAGAUAGGUAGAUAGAUAGGUAGGUAGAUAGAGUGAGUGAGUGAGUGAGAGGGAGAGAGGAAGAGAGAGAGAGAGAGUGUGAGAGAGAAUCGUGUGCGUCCGUACGCGCAAAAGCUGGUGCUCCCCCACUCGCUAACUUGUUGAGCCUCUCUCACGGGCCAAGCGUGCCGUGGCCCGGGUUUGUCGUCUGGUUUCGAGCGGUGCGCGCGAAAACGUACGUCGUUAACGUCCAGUAGAGAAAGAAGGGAAUAGAAGGACACUGGGAUAGAAAAAGAAAGGGAGGCGAUUUCGGUGAGUGAUCGUUCAAAAUGAAAGCGAUCGGUUCGUCGUUGAUUAUCGCACAGCUGGUGCUAGCACUAAUCACGAAAAGUCUUGGCUUCGGUCGUCCCGAUGUCCUCGGCCAACGCAACGACGUCCACGAGGAUCCGCUCGUUGUCGAAACUACGAGCGGACUCGUUCGUGGAUUCAGCCGUAACGUCGCAGUACGUGACGUCCAUAUAUUUUAUGGAAUACCAUUCGCAAAGCCACCGAUUGGUCCUUUACGUUUUCGCAAACCAUUACCGAUCGAACCUUGGCAUGGUGUAUUAAACGCGACCGUAUUACCCAAUAGUUGUUAUCAAGAACGGUACGAGUAUUUCCCCGGGUUCGAAGGCGAAGAAAUGUGGAAUCCUAACACCAAUAUAUCCGAAGAUUGUCUCUACCUGAACAUCUGGGUACCCCAGAGAGUCAAGUUGAGGCAUAAGGGCUCCGAACCGCCUGACAGCGCCGAGAGAAACGGCUUGCCGAUACUCGUUUGGAUUUAUGGGGGUGGAUUCAUGACCGGUACCGCUACUCUCGACGUUUACGACGCCGAUAUAAUGGCUGCAAUGAGUAGCGUUAUCAUCGCCUCGAUGCAGUAUCGCGUCGGUGCAUUUGGAUUCUUGUAUUUGAACAAACACUUUGGAAGUAAUAGCGAAGAGGCACCAGGAAAUAUGGGUUUGUGGGAUCAAGCAUUGGCAUUAAGGUGGUUGCGGGACAAUGCCGCCGCCUUUGGAGGUGAUCCAGAUUUGAUAACGAUUUUUGGUGAAUCAGCCGGUGGAAGCUCGGCGAGUCUUCAUCUUAUUUCUCCGGUAACCCGUGGCCUCGUACGCCGUGGCAUACUUCAAAGUGGCACCCUCAACGCACCCUGGAGCUACAUGACCGGUGAAAAAGCUCACGAGGUUGCGCGUGUCCUCGUUGACGAUUGCGGCUGCAAUUCUACCAUGCUCCAAGAAAAUCCAGCUCGUGUAAUGGCCUGCAUGAGAUCCGUCGACGCCAAAACUAUAUCCGUUCAGCAAUGGAACAGUUAUUGGGGUAUCCUGGGAUUCCCAUCCGCUCCAACUAUCGACGGUAUCUUCUUGCCUAAACAUCCUCUUGAUCUCUUACGCGAAUCCGACUUCAAGGACACCGAGAUUAUCAUUGGAAAUAACGAGAACGAAGGAACGUACUUCAUUUUGUACGACUUCAUCGAUUUCUUCGAGAAGGACCAAGCGAGCUUUUUAGACCGUGACAAAUUCAUUGGCAUUAUCGAUACCAUCUUCAAGAACAUGUCGCAGAUCGAACGUGACGCCAUCAAAUUUCAAUAUACCGAUUGGGAACAACUAAAAGACGGUUACCUGUAUCAAAAGAUGAUAGCCGACGUAGUAGGUGACUACUUCUUCAUAUGUCCAUCGAUACAUUUCGCUCAACUAUUCGCCGAUCGGGGAAUGAAGGUCUACUAUUACUUUUUCACUCAGAGGACUAGUACCAAUCUCUGGGGCGAAUGGAUGGGCGUAAUGCACGGUGACGAGAUCGAAUACGUAUUUGGAAAUCCUCUGAAUAUGUCCUUGAAGUAUAGCGAUAAGGAGAGGGACCUUUCCCUACGAAUGAUCAAGAUUUUCUCUCAAUUCUCUUACGAUGGGAAACCAACGAACGACGAGUCGGAAUGGCCGCCAUAUUCGAGGGAUCGACCAGAAUAUUUCAUUUUUAACGCUGAGAAAAGUGGCCUAGGAAAGGGACUGCGCACAACGUCCUGCGCCUUUUGGAACGAGUUUCUACCGCGACUCAAAGGAGUACCUGAUCCAGCACCGGAAGCUUGCAAGAGCGUGAUAGCGUCAAGCGUAUCAGCGAACGGGGCCGAUCGACAUAUUUAUCGAAUGCGGAAUAUCGAAGAUAUUAUUAUUUUAUUGGCGGCUACCGUGACGUCUCUUUGGAUGAUGUCUCUACGUCUCGUUAACGGCUAACCGACUUCAAGUUUUCUGAUCAAACUCGAAAUUGGCACCGAGUUCUACGUCAAUAUGGCAGUUUAAUUCGCUAUAAUUUACGAAGAGACGUGGAUCCGAGAUUUUUACUCGCGAGGGAGUGUCGAAGGGAAGUUAUAUCUAAUCAGAGAGAAAGAGAGAGAGAGAGAGAGAAAGAGAGACCAUCACUGAUAAAGAGUGUUGUGAAACAUUUAAAUAUAGAGAAAGAAAAAGAAAGAAAAAGAAAGAGUGCAAGAAAAAAGAAAGAAAUAAAGAAAGAAAGAAAGAUAGGUAGAUAGGUAGAUAGAUAGAUA